AUGCAUGUGAAACCACGAGAUAUUUUAACGUCGGUGAAGAUGCAAAAUCCGGAUAAUGUUUCCAUCACAAAAACCAUAUACAAUGCACGCCAAAAAUUCCGGAUGAUGGAUAAUGCAGGUAAAACUCAAAUGCAAGUUGUUAUGUCUUUUUUACAUAACAAUGGUUAUGUGCAUGAGAGUCGAACUAAUAAUGCAACAGAUGAGUUAGAAGAUUUAUUCUUCGUUCAUCCUAAAUCUAUGGAGAAGUGGCGUGCAUUUCCACAUGUCCUGUUGAUAGAUGCAACCUAUAAGACAAAUAGGUACUCGAUGCCUCUCGUCGAAAUGGUUGGUGUAACUUCGACCAACAUGACAUUUUGCAUAGCGUUCGCCUUCAUGCACAAAGAGAAUGAGUCCAAUUAUACUUGGGCAUUAAAUUGUCUCAAAGCCACAAUUGAGGGAUGCAUUACCCGCGUGUUAUCGUCACGGAUCGAGAGUGUUUUUGGUUAUAUUGAUGAUAAUUGGCUGCAACCGUAUAAAGAAAUGUUUGUAUCUGUUUGGACUGAUCGAUAUCUCAAUUUUGGAAAUCACACCACGAACAGAGUUGAGAGUCAGCAUGCCAAGUUAAAAAAAUACUUGGAGUCAUCGCAGUCAGAUUUGGAGACAUCAUUGGUUUAUAUCGACAGAGUCAUUCAGUCACAGGACACAUCCAUCAAAGCAAGUCUUGAACAAAGCAAAAUUUUGAUUCGACAUCGGUUCAACACGUCACAUUUUCAAGAAUUGCGAGGAUUUGUGUCUAUUCAUGCACUGAAUCUCAUUUUUAAUGAGUUUGAGAGGUCACGGGCUGGCGGGAUUACUUUUGAAAAUUGUGGAUGUCGAUUGCGAACAAGUUGCGGGCUUCCAUGUGCACACGAGCAGGUAACAUAUUUUAACUGUGGUAAGCCUAUCCCACUUGAUUCGAUUGAUAUCUUUUGGAGGAAGCUCGACUUAUCAUCUUCCAUCUCUCUAACCAAUGAAGAUUUUGGUGUUGAGCAUGAGCUUCAUAUGUUUAAGGAUCAGUUCAAGAAACAAUCAAGAACCGGUGAUAGACACUUUUACCAUCCAUAUAUGCUUCAACUUCCGGUUAUAUUCCAUCCUUUUAUCAUGCAAGUGCAAGAUGUGAAAUCUGACGGAAACUGUGGAUUUCGAGCCGUAGCUCUCUGUCUCGGUUUUAAGGAGGACGAAUGGUUCAAAAUUCGAUCCAAUUUAAUCGAAGAACUAGAGUCUCACACAAUGGAAUAUACCGAUAUGUUGGAACUCAAGGAUGGUAUAAUGCCUAUAACAUGUUGA